AUGCAGCGAGAGAUAGAUGACCUAAAAAAGAGGUUGUGCCAUGCACAGCAAAGGCGGUCCCCUUCUAGCUCCGACAUAUCCUCUAAUGAGGAAGAGGAUGUCAGUUAUAAGCAGAGAUCAAGAACUCCCCUAAGUGAAACCUUCUCUUAUGAAAAAGAGCAGCGUCAUGAACGGAGACAUAAGAGCCCGUCUAGUAAGGGUCUGGGUAAUGAUGCCAUGAACAAAGCUCUGGAUCAGAUCUCCAGGUCACCCUUCACGCAUAGGAUAGAAGGGGCUAGACUACCACGGCGUUUCCACCAACCUACGUUUACCAUUUACAAUGGCCGAACAGACCCUAUGGAGCAUGUGAGCCAGUUUAACCAAAGAAUGGCUAUCCAUUCUCAAAAUGAGGCUUUGAUGUGCAAAGUUUUUCCGACCAGUCUGGGACCCGUGGCGAUGAGGUGGUUCAACAGCUUGAAGAUGAACUCCAUAGAUUCUUAUAAGCGACUCACCCAAGCUUUUUGCUCUCGUUUUAUUACUAACAGCAGGGUUCCUCGGCCUCUGAGUUCGUUAUUAUCAUUAUCCAUGCACAAAGGGGAAACUUUAAAGGCAUAUUCGGAUAGGUAUUGGGAGAUGUACAACGAGAUGGAUGGUAACUACAACGACGUCACCAUCAGCACGUUUAAAAGUGGUCUCCCCACUGAGCAUUGUUUAAGGAAGUCCCUAACUGGUAAACCUGUUACCAGCGUUCGUCAACUUAUGGACAGAAUUGACAAAUACAAAAGGGUGGAAGAGGACUAA